UGCGCUGGGUGUAACGGCGGAAGGAUACAGCACGUUCUGUAUAUAUUACCGGAUCUUUUGUUUUUGAGUCAUUAUUAGAUUCGCUCCCGUGACGAGAGGACAGAGACAUCUACAGCGUGCUUUUCCAGAAAAGAACAUUUGUUUCGUAAAGAUGCAGAUCUUUGUAAAAACGUUGACUGGCAAGACCAUCACCCUUGAAGUUGAGCCCAGCGACACCAUCGAGAAUGUCAAGGCCAAGAUCCAGGACAAAGAAGGUAUUCCACCUGACCAGCAGCGUCUGAUCUUUGCCGGUAAGCAGCUGGAAGAUGGACGCACCCUCUCUGACUACAACAUCCAGAAAGAGUCCACACUCCAUCUUGUCCUGCGUCUGAGAGGUGGUAUGCAGAUCUUCGUCAAGACGCUGACUGGUAAGACCAUCACUCUUGAGGUUGAGCCCAGUGACACCAUCGAGAACGUCAAGGCUAAGAUCCAGGAUAAAGAAGGCAUUCCUCCUGACCAGCAGCGUCUGAUCUUUGCUGGCAAGCAGCUGGAAGAUGGUCGCACCCUCUCUGACUACAACAUCCAGAAGGAGUCCACCCUCCACCUGGUGCUCCGCCUCAGGGGAGGUAUGCAAAUCUUCGUCAAGACGCUGACUGGUAAGACCAUCACUCUUGAGGUUGAGCCCAGUGACACCAUUGAGAACGUCAAGGCUAAGAUCCAGGAUAAAGAAGGCAUUCCUCCUGACCAGCAGCGUCUGAUCUUUGCUGGCAAGCAGCUGGAAGAUGGUCGCACCCUCUCUGACUACAACAUCCAGAAGGAGUCCACCCUCCACCUGGUGCUCCGCCUCAGGGGAGGUAUGCAAAUCUUCGUCAAGACGCUGACUGGUAAGACCAUCACUCUUGAGGUUGAGCCCAGUGACACCAUUGAGAACGUCAAGGCUAAGAUCCAGGAUAAAGAAGGCAUUCCUCCUGACCAGCAGCGUCUGAUCUUUGCUGGCAAGCAGCUGGAAGAUGGUCGCACCCUCUCUGACUACAACAUCCAGAAAGAGUCCACACUCCAUCUUGUCCUGCGUCUGAGAGGUGGUAUGCAGAUCUUCGUCAAGACGCUGACUGGUAAGACCAUUACCUUGGAAGUGGAGCCAAGUGACACCAUUGAGAACGUCAAGGCUAAGAUCCAGGAUAAAGAAGGCAUUCCUCCUGACCAGCAGCGUCUGAUCUUUGCUGGCAAGCAGCUGGAAGAUGGUCGCACCCUCUCCGACUACAAUAUCCAAAAGGAGUCCACCCUCCAUCUUGUCCUUCGUCUUCGCGGGGGCAAUUAAUCUAUCCUUAAUGUUUAAGUCUUUAAAUUGAUGAAGACCAAUUUCUCCCCCUCCAUUGUUACUCAGUCAUUCAAUAAAGUUCAAGCAUUCCUCGUU